AUGGACAACGAGUUUCUAGCCUAUGUCUCGCGGGACCUCUCACUUUCAUCUCCAUUCAUUUGCGUCGUACUAGUUAAUGGCACUGACGGCCGCGUAUCCCAAGGGAUUGAAGUUUCAGACGUUUCUUGGACCGUGGAGUUUAAGGAGCAACCCAACGUUAUAGCCUUCGCACUAGAAAGAAGAAAACAAAACAUCCUUAAUGCCAAAUAUCAUUUAAUAAUAAUAUUCGAGACGUAUGCACUCCAGCCAGAUGGACUGUUCGCCAUGACGUCGAGAGUUUCAUUUCUCCUGAAUAGUAGCGCAUCACCCGACGGAAUUUUUAUAUAUGUGGAUCCUUUCAGGCUUCUGGCAUUUGCUAUGAUUGAUACGACCAGCGAUUUUACGAUUCCUCAUGUACUGGAGCCCAGAAAAGUAUCUGACACUAAUAUUCUCAGCGAGGUUGAAGCGGCUCUAGGACCCAGGAGAGGAGGGACUGGAGGGGAGGAUUGA